AUUCGUGCUCCCCUAGACUUCCUCCCCCCUCUCGCUCUCGUCGCGUCGCGUCGUGCUCGCCUUGGCCUGCGCUACCUACCGGCCAAACCGGCGGACGCGGGGGAAGGAGGGGCGUGUCGUCUCGUCGCCGCUUGCUUGCUUGGCUUGCCACCGUGCUGCCCUCGUCGCCACCGAAUAUCCGUUCCCGGGUUGGUUUUUUCCGCCGUUGCGGGAAGGAAUUUAAAGCCCAUGAGAUAUUUCGGAUCCCGGUACGGUGCUGGUUCUGCGCGGUUUGUACUGAGAAGAAGUCAAAUUGGCGCAUAGUUUUAUAUGGGCGGAUCGGAAGUGACCCCAGAGUCCGACGGCGCGCGGGUUGCUGUGGUGGUUGUGGGAGCCCCCGCCCCCGCCCUCGCCGACGACGACGACUCCGCCUCCGGCCCUCCUCCUCCACCUCCGCCUCCGCCGGCGCCACGGGACGCGGCUGCAGCAGCUACGGCGGUGACCCCCGGCGAGGAGGUUAAGGGCGAGUCCUUGUUGGCGGCGGCGGCGGCGGCGGAGUGCAAGCAGGAGGAGGCGGCGGCGACGACGGGGUUGCAGGCCAUGGCGGUCACCGUGGCGCGGGACGUCGAGACGGGCGGCCUGGACGCCAGCACCAGCGGGGCCGCGGACGAGAAGCCUUCGUGGUUCACCCCGAAGAGAUUACUUGUGAUGUUCUGCAUCAUCAACAUGCUAAACUAUGUCGACCGAGGUGCAAUAGCAAGUAAUGGUGUGAAUGGUAGCCGCAAAAGUUGUACUGGUGGCGCAUGCACACCAGGUUCUGGAAUUCAGGGUGACUUCAAUCUAAAUAAUUUUGAAGAUGGUGUGCUCUCCUCAGCAUUUAUGGUUGGGUUGUUGAUUGCUUCACCCAUAUUUGCAUCGUUGGCAAAAAUACACAAUCCUUUCAGGCUUAUUGGGGUUGGACUAUUAGUUUGGACAAUUGCAACAGCUGGUUGUGGGUGCUCGUUUGAUUUCUGGUCAAUUACUAUAUGUCGCAUGUUAGUUGGCGUUGGUGAAGCAUCAUUUAUAAGUCUUGCUGCUCCAUUCAUUGAUGAUAACGCGCCAGCAGCACAGAAAACAGCAUGGCUUGCUAUGUUCUACAUGUGUAUACCCACUGGGAUAGCGCUGGGCUAUGUUUAUGGUGGUCUGGUUGGAAAUAGUCUACACUGGCGUGCUGCUUUCUGGGGGGAGUCAAUUUUGAUGCUUCCUUUUGUUAUUCUGGGUUUUGUAAUAAAGCCACUACAGCUCAAAGGAUUUACUCAUAGUGUGAAGACAAAAGACUAUGGUGUCAUGUUCAAUCCAGAACUACAAGAUGAGGCAAAGCAGGGUGUUUCUGCUGGAGACGAUGGUCUUGCAGAAACACUUCCACGAAGGUUCUCCUUCUCAAGUUUUGGAAAGAAAGUUCUGACUGAAAUCAGGUACUUUGGGAAAGAUAUGAAAGAACUGCUUCAAGAGAAAGUCUAUGUGAUCAAUGUCUUAGGUUAUAUCUCCUACAACUUUGUCAUUGGUGCCUAUUCCUACUGGGGCCCUAAGGCUGGUCAGGAUAUCUACAAUAUGGCCAAUGCAGAUAUAAUGUUUGGUGGCAUAACAAUAGUAUGUGGAAUAUUUGGGACUCUUUCAGGGGGCUUCAUUCUUGACAAGAUAGACUCUACAAUCUCUAAUGCUUUCAAGCUUCUUUCUGGCGCAACUUUUCUUGGGGCGAUAUUCUGUUUCGGCGCCUUUUGUUUCAAGAGCCUUUAUGGGUUCAUACCCUUCUUUUCAGUAGGGGAGCUUUUGGUCUUUGCAACUCAGGCCCCAGUAAACUAUGUAUGCCUUCAUUGUGUAAAACCAAGUUUGCGACCAUUAUCAAUGGCUAUGUCAACUGUUUCAAUUCAUAUAUUUGGUGAUGUGCCUUCUUCACCUCUUGUUGGGCUUCUUCAGGACAAAAUCAAUAACUGGAGAUCGACAGCUCUUGCGUUGACAUCUAUCCUCUUCAUUGCUGCCAUAUUUUGGUUUAUCGGUAUAUUUGUCCGUAGCGUUGAUCGUUUCAACGAAGAGAGUGAGCAUGGUGUCCCUGCCGUCGAGAGAUCAAACCUCAGGCCAUUGCUCGAUGAAAAUGAAGAGGCACAGGCAUCUUAAUUAUCUGCGCAACCAUUGCCGUCCAUGUCUUUAUUCUCUUGUAGAUUACUCCUGGCCGGAUUAUUUCCAUCAUGCCAGGAACAAGUGAAAUGCAAAUUUGCAUGUGUAUCGGUUGUACCUGUAAAUAUAGAAAAUGAAUAUUUUGUUGUGUUUUUUUUUUCUUUUUCAUUCUUGUGUACAGACCACAGAUACAAGCAACAGAGUAUCAGAAUCACUUGAAUCCUUCUAGGCUUC